UCACCAAUUGGUUGUUGGGAAAAAGGGAGGGAAGUUGAGGAAUACAAAGCUUAGGCUUUGUUGACCUGAGUUGGGGUGGCUGUUAAGCUCAACCAAUGCGGAUGGAUUUCCCACCGGAUCGAUUGGUAUAUAAAGGGGCCCUUGUGAAAACAUUCGACAUUCAGUUUGUUCUUGUACUCGUUCUGAAACUCAUUUAAGAAAUGACUGGUCGCGGCAAAGGAGGAAAAGGACUCGGCAAGGGAGGCGCCAAACGUCAUCGCAAAGUUUUGCGUGACAACAUCCAGGGAAUCACCAAGCCGGCCAUCCGUCGUCUUGCCCGUCGUGGUGGUGUCAAGCGAAUCUCUGGUCUCAUCUACGAGGAGACCCGCGGUGUGUUGAAGGUGUUCCUUGAGAACGUGAUUCGUGACGCCGUCACCUACACUGAACACGCCAAGAGGAAGACGGUGACGGCCAUGGACGUCGUCUACGCACUGAAACGCCAGGGCCGCACUCUGUACGGUUUCGGCGGUUAAAUUUGAUUUUACUAUUCAAACUCUGAUCUUUCAAUCCAAU